AUGGGCUCAAGAAUGUACGCCCAUCUUCUACUGUCGUGGGGUUCUUGCGAGGCUGAUCAGUACGAAGAUGGACCGAUAUACUCCCUCAAGCUGGGCAGCCAGACACAAAUCGUGGUCAGCUCGCAGACAAUUAUCAGAGACCUUCUCGAGAAGCGGAGCAACAUCUAUUCGACACGGAUGGAUAUGUUUAUUCGAGAGAACAGUGACAACCUCAACAUUUUGUUUCGAAAUAACGAUGAUAUCUGGAGACGCCAAAGGAGGAUGUAUCACCUGCGUCUCAACGCCAAAGGGGCUGAUAGCUAUAUUCCAUACCAGCUCUUUGAGAGCCGCCAGUUGCUCCACGAUUUCCUGGUCGCCCCGGACGAUUAUGAUCGAAAUUUCAGGCGAUACACCUCCAGCGUGGCUUCGACAUUGGCUUUCGGAUGGCGAACUCCAAGUAUGGAUAUUCCAGCAGUUGCUGGAAUGUGUGAUUGGAACGACCGGAACGUGCGCAUCGCCAAUUCGUUGCAAAUGACCGACUGGUAUCCCUCAUUGCGACCCAUCUUCAAUCUGAUCCCGACUCGCUUGAGCGCGCUCAAGCAAGACUUGAAGGAGAUCAGGAAGCUUGAGGAGGGUCUGUUUAUCGACCUGUUUCAGGAAGCCAAAGCAAGGAACAGAGAGGGCAGAAUUCGGCCAUGCUUUUCCAAUGACAUGAUAAGCGCCAACGAAAAGGCCGGAGCCGACAGGCUGGGUGACAAAGAGUUAGCUCACAACGCGGUUCAAGCAGCAAUGGGAGCCACGGACACUCAGUGGAACACCUUAAAAGGCUUCCUCAAGGCUAUGGUUCUCUUUCCGAAAGUGCAAAAGGAAGCGCAGGCGGAAAUCGACAAGGUUGUCGGGCCUGACAAGAUGCCGUCCUGGUCUGAUCGUGAGCACCUCCCGUACGUACGAGGUGUCGUGGAGGAAAGCCUGAGAUGGUUUCCCACGACUCUUCUUGGUGCGGUGCCUCAUGGCGUUGCUCAAGAUGACAUUUAUAUGGGCUACAAGAUCCCCGCCGGUGCUGGCAUUAUCAAUAACGUCUGGACGAUAAACAACGACCCAGAGAGGUACAAGAACCCCAGAGAGUUUGAUCCCCGUCGCCACGAUUUGGACAAGACCUCGGGAGAAUUCUUCGGUAUUAACUCCAAUACCACUGAACGUCCUCAUAUGAACUUUGGUGCAGGGAGGAGAGUCUGUCCAGGCUUUCACGUCGCGGAAAGGGGCCUCUUCAUCGCCAUUGUUCGCAUGCUGUGGGCUUUUAGCAUGAGUCGGGGAGUGGACGAACAGGGGAAUCCCGUCGCCAUCGAUAGAGAUUCCGUAACCGGCGGGCUCGUGGCAGGUCCAGCCCCGUUCAGUUGUAAGAUUGUCCCACGAGACGAAGGACGCCGGGCCAAGAUCAUUCAAUCUUGGGACGAGGCACUCACUUCAUUGGACAAGGACUUCGACUUUACCGACGAGUAUUUCAAGAGUGAGUUUCAGCAUGUGAAAGCUUGA